GUAAAUCACGGGAUCAUUGAGCACGCCCUACUUCUCAUGGAUUAUUUCUAAUUUUGACAACUUGUGGAUUCUGUCAAAAUGCCAAAAAAUUAACCUCACCCCUUAUACCCCUAGUUCUUGUUUGUAUAAUUCUUUAUUUGAAUAUUUAUCACAUUUUAUGAUAAUUGAGUAAACCAUGUGUGAUUAGUUUUUUAUUUUUUUUUGUAGCUCUUACCUAUUGGAUAAGAAAAUGAUUAUUUUAAAACCGGCUUGGGUGAAUCAUGAAGAUAAACCAAUAUUCUCUGUGGACAUUCACCCCAAAGGAGGGCGAUUUGCCACAGGGGGCCAGGGUGGCUCAGGGGGAAGAAUUGUCAUAUGGAACAUUGGCCCUGUACUUCAUGAAGAUGAAGAAUUAAAUCAUAAGAUUCCAAAAAUGUUGUGUCAAAUGGAUAAUCACAUAGCUUGUGUAAAUGUAGUGCGCUGGAGCAACAGUGGCCACCUGUUAGCCUCUGGGGCUGAUGAUAAGCUGGUGAUGAUAUGGAAGCUGUCUAAUGAGGGCAGCUCUUCAAUCUUUGGCAGUGGCAAAGUGAAUGUUGAAACAUGGAAGUGUGUUCACACUUUGAACGCUCACAAUGGAGAUGUUCUAGAUGUUGCUUGGGCACCUCAUGAUGGGUGGUUAGCUUCUGGUAGUGUUGAUAAUACUGUCAUCAUUUGGAAUGCUCACAAGUUCCCUGAAAAGGUUGCUGUUUUGAAGAAUCACACAGGAAUGGUGAAGGGGGUGACUUGGGACCCUGUGGGCAAGUACCUGGCUAGCCAAUCCGAUGACAAGUCCCUCCGCGUAUGGCGCACAUCCGAUUGGGCCCAACAGGAGGUUGUCUCGGACUGUUUCGCCGAAUGCUCGGCAACGACGCACGUGCUGCGCCCCGCCUGGUCCCCAGACGGACAAUAUCUGGUGUCUGCGCACGCUAUGAACGGCGGAGGCCCUACAGCACAGAUCAUAGAAAGAGAGGGAUGGAGACAGGAUAAGGAUUUCGUGGGGCAUCGGAAGGCGGUCACAUGUGUGAGAUUCAACUCCAACAUCCUGAAAAAAUCAAAAACGACUAACUCGAAAGCUACGCAGUACUGUUGCUGCGCGAUCGGAUCAAGAGACCGAUCGAUCAGCGUAUGGUUAACAUCUCUCAAGCGACCUCUCGUGGUAAUCAAGGAACUGUUCAAUGACAGUGUAUUGGAUAUCACAUGGAGUAGCAACGGAUUGUAUCUAUUAGCCUGCUCAUGGGACGGUACAGUGGCGUGCGUUACGUUUACGCAAGAUGAAAUUGGGACGCCAUUGUCUAUGGAAGAAAAGAACGCCCUGUAUGAAAAAAUCUACCACAAAUCUCUACAGAAAAGCUGGAACCUGAACCUGCAAGGCACCCAGAUCGUAGAGAACCCAGAACUCUUGAACACAAUCGAAGAAAUGAACGAAAAAUCAAACAUUCCAUCGAUAAGUGUCGAUGAGAGGGAAGACGUGGUGACAACGCCGAGCAAAGAUCGAUCCUUCGAGUCUCCUAAUCUGAACCAGAGCUUUCUGGUGCCUGCUAACAAGCAGGUUGAGACCAGGUUGCCUUCUGGAAAGAGAAGGAUAACUCCUAUGCUGCUCACUACGGUGUCGAAUGUUUCUAAGAGUGAUGACGCGCCUACGGGUUUGCUGCAGAUAAAUGCAGACUUGUCAAAGACAUCUUUUAGCAAAUCAUCGCCUACCAAAAGUCAAAUAGUGGUAGAAACAGUCCAACAACCAAAGGAGAAACCUAAACCUGUUGCCGAAUCACAGGCAAUAGCACAAACUGAUGUGAAUCGAAUGUCCAUUCAGCUGCCCGGAAUUCAUAUCAAUCAAUUAAUGUGUUGUGAAAUUCCUGGAGAUGAACCUAUAGUAAAAUUCAUCAAUGUAUUGGACCCUCUAAAAAUGCCUGCUGGAAUUUCUGUCACAAAAGAGUGUAAUGCUAUGAAAAUACAGAUAACAAACAACUGCCACAAGACAUCUAGGGGCUCAUUAUCCAAGAUUGAAGUAUUUGACAAUCAAAAUGACAAGGAGCCGAAAUGGGAAACGUAUUUAGGAUCUUGCAUAAGGUGUAUAGCAGCCAAUAGGAGAAAAAUAGUAGCGUGUUGCGAAGAUCUCACGAUCAAUUGCUAUGACCUCAAAUCAGGAUCUAGACCGCUGCCUCCGCUACUGAUAGAGGACCUAGUCUCGUCGUUGAGUAUAUCUCAGGAGGGCCAUUGUUUAGUAUUGACGAAAACGGGUCUGAUACACAUGUGGCAUUUGGAAAGUGCAAAGAAUAUCUUGUCUAGGGUAUCUGUCAGAAGUUUGCUAUCAGGAAAAGGUACGAUAAGUAGUUGUAACCUCAGUUCAUCAAAUCAACCAAUUAUAUCUCUAUCAGAUGGAAGAGCAUAUGCGUAUAGUAUGGAGCUACAAACUUGGUUGCAGUUGUCAAAUCCUCUAGAUCCAGUGAGUGGUGUUGGAGGUGACCUCAGAAAAAAAGUGUCUCCAAUGCUGCCUUUGGCCUCAAUACAAAAAUCUAUGCCAGUCCACAGAAAUGCGGAUAUGCUACCUCCCGGGGUACUGCUCAGUUUUCUAGAAUCUCAAAUUACGGCAACGAGUGUCUUGCAGUCAACUACAGAAUAUAAGCAUUGGUUAUUAGCUACUGUCAAUCAUUUACUAGAGAAAGGUCCUGAAUGCAGGUUAAGAGUAAUUUUGGAUGAUCUUAUGAGAGCUCACAGAUCCAAGUCCAGUCGUCCGGAGGAAAAUUGUCUUGUGGUAUGUAUUUCACAAAAAAUUGUAUAUCCUGAUUAUAGGAUUGUUCAUUCCUUAUUUUAAUUCAUACGGUGCAGACCAAAUUUUGCCGACAGACGCGAGUUCAAUGUGUACGAGACAGAAAUGUGCGUAAGGCACAUAUGUUAGAAAGAUAUUGAAGCCGGCUGGAUAGCGAAACUCAUCGCCACGUUGCCUAGCAACGGUGACGCAGAAGGUCGUGCAAUCUGCCGUGUUGCCAAUAUGUUACACCAGCUCCUUGAAUUAAGAUGCAUAUUGAAAAUAUGCGCUAGUUUAUUCUUUGCGCCCAAAUAAUGGUUUAAUUUUGAGCGUACACAUUUUUUAAUUGUGAAUUGCGUCGAAUCUGUUUGGGAUUGAUUUACGAUUCGUCCUAACGACGCUCCAUUUUAGGUCGAAAUGAAAUUUCAGGAUCGUCACAAAUUCUGCAUCAUUGUUUCGUUUGACAACAGCGCGUCUUGUACAGGGUGCUCAACUAAGAAUGCGAGGUACUGUAUCUGGGAACCUAUCCAUCGUAGGGGCUUGCGUUAUUACUGAAACGGUCAAGAGAAAAACCUGGAAAAUAUUUUCAAGUUUCUGAAAUGGCUGUUAGGGGGCGUAACUGCAAUCUUGAAUCUAAAAAGUGAUGUUUUUGUGAAUUUCGCUAUAUUAAUCUAACAAAAAAAUACCUGAGGUACGAUAGAUGGUUUGUCAAAGUUGUGUUAUACGGUUGUUAUCACUCCUACUGCCAUUUUUUUUGUAUAAGUCAAGUCAAAAGUUUUCUCCUUUUUUGACUGUGUUGACUGCGAAAAGGAAUUUAGCAAUGAUAAGUACGUACGUUUACGUGCUUUAGCGGCUUCUCGGGAGUAUCAACGUAGAUUUCCCAACAGACGCCAAAGGUUUUUACGAGUUCAUUUCUAAGACUUCGACAAUAUGGAAUUGCCAAACUUCCCGGAGUUACAGGACAUGGUGCCCGGAAUACUGUUCAAGGGGAACUGGAAGUGUUGGCGUUGGAUGAUCCUAGUACAAGUACUAGGCGGAUUGCAGCCCAGUUACCAUGUUCCCAAAGUCUUGCUUGGAGAAUUUGAAAUCGGGAAGUUUCACAUCUUUACCAUCGGCAAAAUGUGCAAUGUCUGCAACCCGGCGACGAAGUGCAACGGCGAAAUUUUUCAGAGUGGUUACUACAAAUUCAUAAUCAAAAUGCAGAUUUUAUUGAUUUGGUUUUGUGGUCAGAUGAAUCGCGUUUUACGAGGAGUGUGUAAGAAUCGACUCGUUUCAACACAGAUUUUCUAGAAAUGUCUGCUGCGGCAUUCUCAAUGGCCAACUGUUUAUGCACGUAUUGCCACAACGUUCAAAUGUUAACUCAUACUUAGCUUUUCUAGAGAACUACAUAGAACGUGAUAGAUG